AUGAAAGUAAGCAACUCUAAAAGCCACAGAAAAAACGGGCAUUGCCGACUUAUAUUGCUGAGACUUAUCCAUAUGGAGCUCGAGAAAAACAGCAAUCCUGCACUGAGAUGGGUCGAUGAUGGCCAGGCAUUUGAGGUUCGUGGACGGAUAAAGAUUCCAUCCGUUUCUGAGGGCUCUGGAGUGGUUGUUAUAAAGAGAAGAGGUCUAGAAAAGAUCCUGUUUAUGCUUGGAUUCCAGAAGAGAGAAUCUGUGCGUUCCCACAUCUACUUUCAUAGGCACUUUAAGAAGGGAGAAAGUGUGGACGAAAGCAAGAUGCAUCUCUUGUACACAGGCAUCUACACCGGAGGCUUUCCGUGCCCAAGUAGAUGGAAGGACGGGGGUGUGGACGUGCGGGAGUGGUACAGACAUGUAUGUGACAUGUACGCGUCUGUUAGGGAGAUGCUGAGCCUCCAAGAUGGCAUUAUCGAAGGCCUGUGGUCGGAGAUUACAAGGGUGAUGAUGCUAGGGGUCAAGGAAAUGAAAGGACCGUUUGAGUACAGAAGAUAUAUCGUCCGAGGGGAUGGCAAACCCUUUGAGGAAAGGAUGGUGGGGCUGGACAGAAGAGAAGAGACCUCGAGUGGAGAUUUUGUCGAGAUUAUUGGAGGAGAGAGAAGAGACAGGAUACAAGAGUUUGUGUAG